GCUCCGGAAACUGCGCGCAUUGCCAUGGCGACCGCAGCGCGUCGUGUUUGCUGCUGCUGUUGUUAUGAUGCGCUCCUGAAGCUCCGUGAGCGUGAGAUGAUCGGACUGCAGCUGUGAGAUCAAACAUGCUCUCCAGCGCGCCGCCCGCCAGCGGCUUCCUCCACAAACCCGUCCUGAGCGAGAGGAGGCUGCGGUCUGAGGCUGUGAGGGUCACCGAUCUCUCUCGAGUGCUUCAGCUGCUGCAGGAUCCGCUCUCAGUAAGACUCAGUGCCUCCUUAAAAGAAAGGCAGAUUUUCAUCUUGAAGAAAGUGGUGAAACAAUGCCAGCGAGGAUAUCUUUUGAGGGACCUUGCUGACAUUUUUAAGAUUAUGAACCUUUGUGCUGAAAGAGUGUCCGAUCAUCCGGAAUAUGCCCGAAUCCUCUGUGAUUUACUGCAGAUAUGCGGUCUUCCCUUCCUGAAAGAAAAAUCAUCUGAUGAGAUGAAGUACGCCAGUGUGGUGACAGACUGUGUGUCUCAGAUGGGUUUUCUGAUGAGGAUCCCGCUGCCGGAGGUACGACGUCAGAUCUGUUUGUCUGUGAGCGCCUUCUACAGCCGUGACAAACACCAACACAGCUCUGAUGGUGUGUGUUCCACACGUGCUGACUACAGGGCUCUGAUGCUGGAGCGCAGUGGUGUUUCUGAGACGCUGGUCAUGUCUCUGGCUCUAACGGAGGAGCAGCUGCCGGUCAAACUCUGUCUCCUGCAGACGCUGCAGAUCCUGUCCAGAACAUCAGAAGUCAACUGUAAGCUGAUGCUGAGAGCUCAGGCCGCACAGAAGAUCUGUUUCCACAUGAGUGAAGGAGAUCCGUCCGGAGAACUGCUCUUCAGAUCCUCCGAGAUCCUGUGGAACCUGCUGGAGAACGGCUCUCGACAGGAAGUGACCUCACAGCUCAGCAGCAGCGACUGCAUCGCAUCUCUGAAGGAUGCGUUUCUCCAUCUGCUCCUGAAGGGUUUCCGUCAUCAUGAGCGUCAGCUGAGGAACGACCUGCUGGUGCUGCUGUCUCUGAUCGCGGAGAAUCCCGGCGCUCCUCUGAUCGAGAGCGGCUUCCUCAAGCAUCUCACGCCGUUCCUCACGUUUCCUGAGCUGAAGAGCCACAAUCCUCUGGUGAGAAACCUGAAGCUGUCCUUCAACCAGGAGGACUUUGAGAUGAAGAAGCUCCUGCUGAACAUCAUGGUGGUGCUGUCAAGAGAUCUGUCUGCACUGCAGCUGUUCAGAGAGGGCCGUGUGAUGCUGGCUCUGAUGCUGCUGGUGAAGCCGAGCUCGUCUGCGGAGCGCAGCGGCAGACACAGACGCAGAUGGACCUCCAGCCAGCAGGAGGAGCUACAGCUGCAGGCUCUGUCCACACUGAGCUCUCUGGCUCCUCUGAUGCUGGAGGAAUACAUGACGUGUCAGGCCAACACCUGCCUGCUACUGCUGAUCGACUGCUGCCUGCAGCACGACUCCUCCAGUGGGCGGGGUCACGGUCUCCAUGGCAGCAGUGGGCGGGGCGGGAGGAGGGCUCAGCUGCGCUACUGUGUGCGUGUGCUCAGAUCCGUGACGUGUGUGGAGCACGAGCCGCUGCGACAGGAUCUGUGUGAUCAGGGAGCCAUCGGGCAGCUGUUGGCUCUGUGUCCAGGUGUGCUGCGCUGGUUCCUGGGGAGGCCGCAGGACGAGGACGCUGUGGCUCUGGAGAUCCAGACGGACUGUCUGCUCCUGCUGUCUGUGCUGUGUGAAGGAGACGUGCACAGGAAGGAGCUGUUCGGCCGGGACGGGGUGGAGCUGCUGAUCCAGUAUCUGAGUCUGGACGCCGCGCUGGUCUUCAGUGGUCUGGGUCACAACAAACUGCUGCUGUCCUCCAUCGACUGUCUUUGGUCCUGUGUGGUGGGGUGUUUGGGGGCGGAGGAUGUGUUCGUGGAGCGCCGCGGCGUGGAUCUGAUGCUGCAGCUGCUUCAGCGGAGCCCCAGACACAUGCUGUCUCCGCUCGUGUCCACGCUGCUGGAGCUGUGUGAGAAUCCCCAGGCCGUCACACACCUGCUGCACUGGAGCGGAGAGAGAGACACCAGCGCAUCACAGCUGCUGCUGCACAUCUGGAGGAGAGAGGAGGAGACCACGGCCGUCUCACGAGACCCACACGGCAUGAUCACAGACGUGAAGCGACCGAUUGUCUCUCGGCAUCAGGAGUCUUCAUCAUCAUCAUCGUCGUCACCUGAUGUCAGUGCUGCUGUCAGAGAGGUGUCAGAAAAUCUGCGUGCAAACAUCUACUGCAUCUUCUGCAAACUGGGAUUUGAGGGUCUGUCGGGUUUGAGCGCUGAAGAUCACAUCACACUCAGCAUCAUCCACCGAUACCUGGACUUCAAGGUGGGUGAGGUUGUACACGAGGUCUUGUCUGAGCUGUUGGAUGAGGGAGUGUCGCCCGUUGUGUCUGAUGAAGCAGCGCUGAAGAGUGUCCUGCAGGUCACUGAAGCCACAGCUGAGAGCGUGCGCUUGCUGCAGCAAAGCAUUCUGGGCCGUCAGCAGCAGGAGGAGCUGCAGGAGGAGCAGCUGCUGUAUAAAGAGAUCCUCUUCACUCAGAAGCAGAGAGAGAUCGCAGCAGAGGCCUGGAGGAGUUACGUGGCCAGAACCUCAAACUACAGCAUCCUGAAGGAGUUCAAGCGUCUUCAGGAAGAGCAGAGCACCAGUGAAGCCUAUGCUCCAUCAGACACAGAGACGCCAGAGCCUCCGAACACACUCUCAGAUCAAUAAACCAGCACCAGUCACUAUAUACAGAGAACAUGUAGCCCACCAAGUUCAUUUAUUAUGGCAUACUCAGCAUUAGCAUGCUAGCGGUCACUGCUGGACCAUCAUGGACCAGUGAGCUGCUUCCAACAUGGCAGAAAGGAUAAGCACAGCCAAAUUUAAAGGGUGAAUGUAAUCCAUGAUGAUUGUGUAAAUGAGUAUUUAAAUAAUGAAUAAUAAAAUAAGAAAGCAGAGCCAG